UGCUAAAACAGUGCAUGAUCCGCGUUUAUCAUUUCCGGAAACACCGGAUGUACGUCAAUACAUGAUUGAGUACAUUGUUUUUAUUUGGGAGUCUCGAGCAUCACAUUAGCUGUUACAGUAAGUAGACCAUGAGUUUGCCAGCAGCCCCACCCAGCUAUGCUGAAGCUAUAGCAGGAGAUAAAGAACAAGGGGCUGGGAGCUUCACUUACGCCUCCCAGCCGCCCCCAAUGCCACCCCCAACCAUCCCCAUGCACCCCAGCUGGGCUUAUGUGCAUCCUGGUCCUAUGCAAGAUGUCUGUUUAGGUCCAGGAUAUUCCAAUGUGUAUGCUGCAGACAUGUCCUCACCCUUCUCUGACCCGAGCUCCAGCAGCAGCUUCGACGGCCUCAGUGGAAACAACUGGGAGGACAAGAAUGUCCGCCGUAUGUUCAUCAGGAAGGUCUUCUGUAUCCUCAUGGUUCAGCUCAUGGUCACAUUUGGUGUGGUGUCGCUCUUUACGUUUUGUGAGCCUGUCCGGAAGUUUGUACAGUACAAUCGAGUUUUCUAUCUGACCUCAUACAUGACUUUCAUGGGAACAUACCUGAUGCUUGUAUGCAGCACAAAUGCACGACGAAGAUACCCUACCAAUAUGAUCCUUCUAGCCAUUUUUACUUUGGCAAUGUCCUAUAUGGCAGGCAUGCUAGCCAGCUAUCAUAAUACCAAAGUGGUGAUGAUGUGUGUGGGCAUCACAGCACUGGUGUGUUUGGCCGUCACACUCUUCUGUUUCCAAUCCAGGGUUGACUUCACCACCUGUCAUGGAUUACUUUUCUCCCUCAUGAUGGUGCUGAUGAUCACCGGCCUUCUGCUGUUCUUCACCGCACCAUUUGGAUAUAUACCCUGGUUGCAUACUGCUUAUGCUGGAUUUGGUGCUCUGGUUUUCACUCUGUUUCUGGCAUUUGACAUGCAGCUGCUGAUCGGCAACAGGCGGUACUCUCUGAACCCAGAGGAGCAUGUGUUCGGAGCCAUCUGCCUCUACAUGGAUGUGGUCUACAUAUUCCUUUUUUUCCUUCAGCUCUUUGGGAGCCGUGAGUGAGGUGUUUAUGCUGUGCCGAGGCUUUAGCCUUUGUCCUUUGUUACACACACAUAUACACACACACACCCUUCUCAGUUACUCCAAGGUUUGGUGAGGAGCGAACAGUCUUCCUUCAUUCUGUGUGGCAGUUGAAGUUUGAUGUGUGCUGUUGUUUUCCUUCUGGUCAUGAUUAGGCAGCUCUUUGCACACCUUGUAUGCACCCUCGCUGCAAGAUAACCAUGCUACCAGUCAGAUAUACACAUGCUGUUUAGGGUAGACAAUCACUGCACAUCAUUUUUGUAUUUUCAGUUCAAAAGAUUUAAAAAACCCUAGGCCAUCUGCAUUGCAUAAUGUUAAGAAUUCCAGCAUACAAUAAUGAGAAAAAAAUCAGUGUGUGAUUUAGUGGGGAAUAUAGUGACAGUGCUUGAUUGUCAAUGGAUGUUAUCCCUUCGUUUGCACGUUGUAUAAAUGAAAUUAAUCUUAAACUUGACAGGCAGCUCUUUGCCGGCGAACACUAAAUGUAUAACAGUCCUUUCAACCUGAGUUUCGUCAAUCAGCAACAUUGUGCUUUUUGUGCAAUAAUCUGCUCUUGACUGAAGACAGAAGCUGGAGCUUACAGGUUGCGGUCAGUAAAUAUUUUGUGCCUCUGAAUGCUGGUUGGUAAUGAGGUUUCAAUGUUGUUGUAUGCAGCCAAUGCAGAUUUCUAAAAAAAAAAAAUAUAUAUAUACUGUGUGGCAAAUAUAAUUCUGUCAUGUGACAGAGAUUUUAAAUGCAGCACUUGGUCCAACAGGUCAGUCGUGAGGUCUGCAAUAUAUGUCUAUAAAUUGCCUCGUAAAUUUACUCGUAAGUGUGUGAUGCUUGGGUGUUUUUGCUUAUUUUCAAGACACUUGAUUGCUUUUAUUUCUAAGUUUCUUAGUCACCUUGGAGCAAACUGUUUUAGAUACUGAAUUAUCAGGUGCUGACUUAUUUGAAAAGAGAUGAUUUAUUACAUUCAGAAGAGACAAAAGAUGAUAUAAUGUAUUUUAUUAUUUGUUUCAAGCACAUAGGGCUUAUUUUCCAUGGGCUUCAAUAAACUUCUCUUGUCUCUUCAGAACUUGGGUGUAGAGAGUGUGUUGAUAUUUUCAUUUAGAAAAACCUUUCUUAAUUCUUAACACCUCAAUAGGUUUUUAGGUCAUUUAAACCUCUAUUGACAUUCCUCUUUGCUUGCAUUUGAAACUGUUUCUGUAAAUGAAACAUUCAUCUUUUGGAUGGAUUGGUGUUUCAUAUGUCACAGUGAAAGAGAUUUGGGUGGAAAGCCUCACAUACCCAGACACUUUAUUUCUUGAUUUAGGUCUAUGCUAACCUACGAUAUUGUUGCUGAAAUAAAUGGCAGUUUAAAAAACACAAAUGUAUGUAUUUUUCCAUAUGUAUAUUUCACACAUGCAACUUUGUUCCUUUUUAGAUGAAAUGUAUAAAGUCUUUACAGACAUUGAAAACUUGACAAGCUUGGUUUUGAAAGCUAUUUUUUUCAGAGGAAGGAUUUCAAUUUGAGGUGGUCUAUGUCAUUUUUUGUGCAGUUCUUAUUGUUAAUGUGCAUAUUAAGUGUGAAUGUGUAUGGAUCACCCUAUGCCUUUCCUAAUUCUCUCUCUCUGUGCACUUCUGUGUCUACAAAUUAAUAAAUGUAAUCUGUAAUUACUGCAUGAUCUAUGGUACAGAGACCCACUGUGUGCUAAUUUAGAACUGAAAAGCAUUCCCUCUUUUUCCUGUUAAAAUACUAAUGGCCAGUGGGUGAUAAAAGGAUAUUGUGCUGUUUUGUAGCCUCAUCUGUGCUUUAGUACAAUAAAUAAACAGAACAGUGAAUAAUAAA